CUGAUAAUGGGCGUCCUCCUACCUCUCAAAUAUCCACUAUCCAUCAAGCAUCUCGCUGCCUUGUUAAAUCUUCCUCCACGAAUCCUUGUGAAGUCUUUCCUUAGCAUUCAGCCCAUCCUCCUCAUUCCUGAAUCUGAUGACGAACCCGUGCACGUGGUCCACACGUCUUUGCGUGAUUUCCUGAUAAAUCCGACCCGUUCUGGAAGCUAUUUUAUUAACCCUCCUACUUGCCACCUCUCCAUCGCCAUCGCUUGUCUGCAAAUCAUGAAAAAAAAUCAGGAUGAGUUCUGGUUCAUAGAAGAUGAACCGCUGUCGUAUGUCUGCCGAGAGUGGUGGGGUCAUAUUCACGAGGCGUUGUCUGACGGGAAGGCAUAUUGGCUGGCCAUAAAAAUUAUGGUUAUCUUGUAUCACGCUUUUCACUACAAAUAAGUUACAAAUGCAGCACGAAAUAUAUUUGACACAGCUCUACAGGAUCUCUCGCAAUAUCCUCGAGAUUUACGACCGACGCUAACCAGCCUAAAUAAUAUGCAGGACCAUUCAAAUUAAUGAACUAUCCUAGAGGCAAUCUCUGAAAGACCGUUGAUUGAUCCAAUCAAUGGAUCAGUUUGUACUACGUGAGAAUGUAAGCAUUUUCUUUGAUCGCAUGUUAAUCUCUGAUGUUCUAUUCUUUCUGUUUGCAUAAUUAUUCUUGUUGGAGUCGACUUGUGACCUUUUAUGCGUUGUAGGAAUUGAAAUCUUUGCUGACCAUGUUUAAUUACAUCGUAGGAAUGGGUAUGUUCCUACCGUCUAACCUAGAGGACAGUGGCUUAAAAUUGCGCAUGCUCUAAUUUUUUCUCUAUCACCAGCGAGCAUAUCUAAAGAAACGAGGACGAGAUGUUGGUUUCUGUUUUCAGACGGAAGAAUCAGCCAUCCAAGAAGUGCCGUGAAUCUCAUGCGUUCGUCCUUUACAUGCUCGGGUUUCUACACAAGUCAGUUCCGGGUUACCUAUUUUCAAUGUCAUGCUGGAGGUCGUCUGGUUUCCAGAAGUUUGUGCGAGAUGGGCCGAGGUUAGAUCGCGAGAGGGUGAAGAGGGAGGAGGAACGAGAGGACAUAUGUGAGAGCUGGAAGGAAGGAAUCUCGUUUGGGGCGCAAAUUCUCUCAUGGGGUUCUGGGAUCCUUUCACCAUGCUUACUUGUAUCUAUUCUGAUUAUUGCCAAUUUUGUCAAAUGCUUGGACUCGAAUA